UCAUCAGGUGUGUUUAGUGAGUCAGCGUCAGUGAUGGAGGGAGAUUCUGUCACUCUAAACACUGAAUCUCAGAUACAUGAAGAUGAAGACAUAGUGUGGCAAUUUGGAGUUAAAAAGUCGCUCAUAGCUAAGAAUAAAAAAAAGCAAAUCUUCUCCACAUAUGAUGUUCCUGAUGAGAGAUUCAGAGACAGACUGAAGCUGGAUAAUCAGACUGGAUCUCUGACCAUCACAAACAUCACAACUCAACAUGCUGGACUCUAUGAAGUAAAGAUAAGUGGAGCAAAACUGACAUCAAAAACAUUCAGUGUUUCUGUCUAUGCUCGCCUACCUGUUCCUGUCAUCAGCAGUAACUCCUCACAAUGUUCUUCAUCAUCAUCAUCAUCAUCACAGCAGAAUUGUUCAUUGGUGUGUUCAGUGGUGAAUGUGGGUCAUGUGACUCUCUCCUGGUACAAAGGAAACAGUUUAUUGUCCAGCAUCAGUGUGUCUGAUCUCAGCAUCAGUCUCUCUCUACCUCUGGAGGUGGAAUAUCAGGAGAAAAACACCUACAGCUGUGUGCUCAACAAUUCAUUCACUAACCAGACUCAACAUCUGGACAUCGGUCUACUCUGUCACACAUGUUCAGAAUUGUCCAUUACAGAUCAGGACCUACCUUUAUUGUACAUAGUGCUGAUUUCUGCUGCUGCUGUUGGAUCUCUGUUGAUUGUAGCUGCAGUCGUGAUCUUCUGCAUUUGCAAGAAAUAUAGAAAAAACACCGAGACCAGAAGUGAUUCAGCAUUGUGUAAACCAACAGCACAAAAAAUGAAAUCCAAGAAGGAUCCUGUGUAUGCAAAUGUCGCCAAAAAACGGUGACCAAAUUCCACGUCUCUACUGGAAUAAAUGAUAGCGCUCAUACAGGCCCUGACUCACACUUCUAUUAAAUUUAUUUAUUUAUUUUUGCCAAGAUGUUUGUCUGUUU